AUGCGCAGGGCGCGAGAAAGGGGAUUUAUCGGAUCCACAAACUCGAACGUUGGCACUCUUAUGCAUCUCAUACUCAAAAUCUACAAGACAUCUAUUACUGCAGAAUUACCACCAUUCCAACAACAGCAUAUUGUACCUUGGGGUCAACUCCUACUGACUGUAGUCCCUAAACCACUCAAGGAUAGUGUUGGAUUUCCUUCUCAACUCGAGGACAGAGAGCGAACACCUCCUAGGACUGGCAUCCCACGUAGGGCUGAACAAUCAUCACCUUCAACUUCUAGACAAAUUCCUUCUGGACCUAUGGCCCGUGCAAGAACAUCGAUUCGAAAAGUCAAUGACUUCGAUAUUAUUGGAGCAUCGGAUAUGGCCAGCAAACCUAUGGCUGCUGAUCCAAAUUGUAAUCCUAAGAUUAGGAAUAGAUUAAGUACCCGAAUAGGUUCAUCUGUUAGAGAGAUUCUUCAAAAACAUAGUAGUCGAGUUUCACAAUCUGGUAGUCCUAUGAUUGGAGAUAUUGAACUUGAAGAAGAUGCAUCGAAUUUAGAGUUUGAUAUUGAAAGUGAAUUUCAAAGGUUAUCGGGAGAAAUUAGACUUGAAGAAGUAGUAGUUGAAGAAGAAGGAGAGUCAAGUAAGCGAUCGCUCAAGUUUAAUCAAACUGUGGCUACCACAAGUCUAACUCCGAUUCCAAAAGAAAUGAGAUCUACUGAAAAUAAUAGUAAUCAACCUCAUCAAGCAAAUGAAGGUAAUUCAGAAAGUAGAAGUGGAAUUGGAAAUCGAUUUAGAAAUGAAAUCACUUCUGAUGCUGGUUAUUUAAAUAAAGGUGAAUCAGGAUCAAAUUUUACUUCAAAUUUUCCGAUUACUAUUACCAGUCCAGAGAGAUGGAAUAAGGUAUUAGAAUUUGAAGAAGAGUUUGGUCAAACAAAUUCAAAAACACUUGGGAUGGAAGAUAAUCAGAUUCAACCUAAUGUUUUAUUGAUGAAUUAUAAUCUUAGACAUCCUAUUUAUUCAAUCGACCAAAUCAAUUCCAAAAGAUUGCCUGAAACAGCCGGAUGUAAAGUAUGGGAUCCAGAAGGAAUUGAUUACAUUGAUUGUUUGGGCGCUUAUUUAGCUGUCAAUCAAGGACAUUGUCAUCCUAAAACAAUUCAAGCACUGAUCAAGCUCAAACUUUAA